UAUCGACAGAACGUCACGGAAAUAUUUGCAUUUUUGCAGUGACCGUGUUCUGGGUCUGUUUUUACACAAUUGUUUACUCUCUUGUCAACAAUUUAAAACACACUCAUUCUGCGCUGGACCAUACGGGAGGUGUAGUGUGACAGUGAUUUGGCAACAGCAUACAGUGUGAGACAGCGAAGAGGAUGAAUUAUAUGGUUUACAAGUGAGGACACGGCGAGACCAUUUUUAAAAGUUCCCUUUCAGGCUGGGAAUUUACAAAUUCACUGAAUCUCGGUGUUUUGCAAGUAUCGGGACCGACUGUUAAAGCAACAAAAUGAACACAAGCGACGCCAAAGAGUACCUGUCGAAACGAGAAAUCCCUCAACUCUUUGAGAGCAUGCUGACAGGGCUGAUGUAUCACCGGCCCGAGGACCCACUGGGCUACCUGGAGAGCUGCCUGCAGAAAGCACGUGAGCUGGGCGGCCCUGAGAGGGUGAGGUGGGACACCUUCAUCACACAGGACCGUCGGCCCCUGCCACCCAUCAACGGGGGCCAGAGCAAGAAGACCGUCUUCAGAGCAGAGCCAGCCCCUCUAAGCCCCUAUAGGCGGUACGAACGCCUGCCUCCCAUCCAGGCUCAGUUCUCCAUCGAGAGUGACUCGGAUAUGACAGAAUCCACCGGACUCAUCCAGGAGUACGACGUCUUCGACCCCUCCAAACCACGGCCGCCCAUCAUCUUUGUCGUCGGCGGGCCGGGUAGCGGAAAAGGCACACAGACUGCCAAGAUGGCACAGCGCUACGGUUACGUGUGUGUCUCUGUGGGAGAGAUCCUGCGCAACCAGCUGCUGCAUCACGCCCCCAGCGACAGGAAGUGGGAGCUGAUCGCAAAAAUCAUCGCCAACGGAGAGCUCGCUCCCCAGGAGACGACGAUUGAGGAGCUGAAGCAGCAGUUCAUCAAGCAUCAGGAUGCAAAGGGCUUCAUCGUGGACGGCUUCCCGCGAGAGAUCGCACAGGCCUUCACCUUCGAGGAGCAGAUCGGCUCUCCUGACCUGGUGGUGCUCCUGGCCUGUUCGAACCCUCAGCUGCGGCAGCGCCUGGAGAAGCGAGCGUCUCAGCAGGGUCGCCCUGACGACAACACCCACGCCAUCGAGAGGAGGCUGGAGACCUUCAAACAGAACAUCGGCCUCAUCGCCAAAUACUACCAGGAGAGGGCGCUCGUCGUGCGGAUCGAUGCUGAUCGGGAGGAGGGCGAUAUUUUCGCCGAUAUCAGUGCCACAGUCGAAGAGAGACUGUUCCCCAAGGGAAUCGAAGCAGAAGGUUUCACAGACCCUGAUCCUAUGCAGGAGCAGUACGAAGAGGAAGAGGGCGAGUUUGACAAUGCUGAGGGGCAGGUUGAAGGAUUUCUACUCGCAGAUCAGCUCAUCAUGGCAGAUAAACUGAAGAACAGCAAGAUCAUCUUUGUAGUUGGCGGUCCUGGCUCUGGCAAAGGCACCCAGUGUGAAAGGAUUGUCCAGAAAUAUGGCUACACUCACCUGUCCACUGGUGACCUGCUCAGGGCAGAGGUCAGCUCAGGCUCAGAGAGAGGCAAGAAGCUGUCCGCCAUCAUGGAGAAGGGCGAGCUUGUCCCCCUGGACACUGUUCUGGACAUGCUGAAGGACGCCAUGAUCGCCAAGGUUGACGUCUCCAAGGGCUUCCUGAUCGACGGGUAUCCCCGCGAGGUCAAGCAGGGAGAGGAGUUUGAGAAGAAGAUUGGCGCCCCGACUCUGCUGCUGUACAUUGAUGCUGGUGCUGAAACCAUGGUGAAGAGGCUUAUGAAGCGCGGAGAGACCAGCGGCCGCGUUGAUGACAACGAGGAGACCAUCAAGAAGCGCCUGGACACCUACUACAAGGCCACCGAGCCUGUCAUCGCCUUCUACGAGGGCCGUGGCAUCGUCAGGAAGAUGAACGCAGAAGGCAGUGUGGAUGAUGUCUUUGGCCAGGUCUCCAAAGCCCUUGAUGCCUUGCAGUAAACCAGACGAGGAGGACAGGGGAGGAACCACCUUUUCCAGGAACACAGUAAUGAGUCGGACUCAAUUCAGUGAAAGACCUUAAAAGACAAUCUUUGCCUUAUCACAGCGACCCUAACCAUUGCACAGACCCUGAUCAAGAACUGCAAAACCGCAGCCACAAUAAAAAAAAUAAGCAUGCACACAUACACGCAGGGGGUUGAUUUCGGACUUUGGGCGUUUAACUGCACAUCUGUAAUUAUUUAAGUGAAAAACGCAACCAUGAACAAAGAUAGACCAUAAGAAGUGGAAGGAUUCCACCCCCCCAACCCCCAACACGACACAUUUUAACGUGAUGGUCGUGGAUUUUAUAGGUGGUGUGAAUAGGCUAUUAAAUGCCUGCAGAUGAGACAUAUUCAGUGUAUUGAUUACAAGCAAAAGGUACUCAGAUUGCUGCCACAGUCCUGAGCAUUUUAGUACCACUGCUAAUUCAAAAUACUCUCUAUCUUUUCUUGUGUAGGUUCUCUCAUCAUGUCCUGUUUCCGUGGUCCCUGUUGUUGCUAUCUCAUUUGCUGUUCAUCUCAUCUCCUUCAGUCCUGUUCUGUUUUCAUUAAACAUUACCACUACCUAACUGACCCAACACUGGGAUCUGCUGCUGCGUGUGUGCGAUCAUAAUAAAACACAACGAGACAGAGAAGGGUACCUCUGAAAAUGCAAUCUCAGCUUCACAGAGUGAACUGUUCUGUGAAACACAAGUCUUUUUUUAGUGGUGAUUUGGAAUUAGACAGUAUACCUGUUACUCAUUUCACAGAAAUGCAUUUUUGAAAGAAUUAUAAACUAAAGUAUUAUAUUUGAUAAACAAACAAAAUGAUGUGUCUCUGAACAGUUCCUUUUUUGCCUUGUGAAAGGCAGAAUGUCUCAUAGAGGCUAGGGGUUGAUUUGCUCAGCCUAUACCAUGAUAAGCCACAGCUGUAUUUUUCAAGCAUUCUACAUCACCAGCCAUUAACCAACAGUGUGCUGUAAAAUGCUCUAAAGAAAUCAAGCUGUGGCUAUAGCGUGAUCAAAUAAACUCAUCCAAAUAACAAAUGAAUUAUCUCAACUGUUUAGACACAAGCACAGUUUAAAUAUUAUUGAGCAUCAGUGCGGUGGGGAUGUGUCACAGAAAUGUCUUAAAGUAACAUCAUUUUUAUGUUGCUAUACACUAGACUCUCGCUAAUCCAAAACAUUUGGGAUGAGACCCUGUUCAGAUUAGGGAUUUGUUCUGAGUGCUGAUCGUUAUCUAUACCAUACAAAAAUGGUCUUGUCUAGUCUUUGAUACUUACAUUUCAUCAAAGAUCAGCAAUAAAUAAAACACAGAUAGACAACUGCAAGCAUUUUACACACUCAUCACAGAAUUGUGAUACUGAAGUUUCCACAGCUGCUAUCAGGCUGCGUUUUAUCAUGAAAACACGGUUCAGAUUUUAGGUCAACUUGGAUUUGCGAGAAUCAACUGUACGGUGAAAUGAAAUCCCCCAGGUUUACACAUUUUCAGGUGUUAGAUGAAUAUCUCUGUUGAAUGAAUAUCUCUGUCUCUAUUCAGAUCAUUACAAUAGACCUCUGAGUGUGUAGGAGCCACGAUCUCAAGUGCAUUACUGGUGACAUCAUGGAACAUAUGAUGUGGCUGUCUCAAACAAAGACAUUUUCAGGGAUAAAACACUGUGGUGGGUCAAAAUCCAUUCUUUAAACAUUAUCUUAAGAGUUCUAUCGGUGUUAUCUAAGAACUGUAUAAAUAUAUAUGAAUUGUAAUUUUAUAUAUAUAUAUAUAUGAAUAAAAAUUAAUUGGAAAAAAAUAAA